AUGGGCCAAGCCUGGGCAUCGACCGAGAAUUGCUGCUCAAAGAGCGAGCAGACGGAAGUUGAACAGGUGGAAGCAUGCCAACCAACUCGUCCUCCUGCGCCUUUGGAAAAUGUCAUCUGCGAAGAGGGAAUGGCUGGUAUGACCAGCCCAAGCUCUGAAGUAUUCGGCUUCAUGUCAACCUCCUCCGACAGCAACGAGAUACUCGACCUCACCAAGACAAAUGUCGGUGCGGAGCUGUUGCGAGGCAUUUCCUUGCAAAAGACGUUGCACAGUUUUGGUCGACUUUGGCGUCGCAGGCCCGCUGAUCUGAACUUGAGCCAACGGGCGCAGCUGUACGGUCAGUCUGAGCCUGUUGCGAAGCUGGAUGUGUUUAUCUCGCACGCAUGGCACACGCCUGGCAAAUGGAAGUUUCUGUCUCUGCUUCUCCAGUUUGGCUGGAAACCAACGCUUCUCUUCUGGACAUUUGGCACAAGCCUCUCCUUCAUUCUCUCUUUAUUUGAUGUUCUGCCCCAGGUCAUCACUGUGCAUGUCACAGUAUUUGAGCAAGCG